GGAAAAGUAUGAAAUAUGUGUCAGGUGUAGAACAAAUAUGUGGACUACAGUGUUGUACAGUGUGUCGAAAAGUAUUAUGGCGUUUUACAAAAUCUAUCUGCUUGAACACUUAAUGGACAUGCAGAAAAGCAAGGGGUUCACUUUAACGAAGGGCAAAUUGGUACCAAUGUUAGAUUUUGCGAAGAGAUCCGGCGGGGAUGCUGUUUACUGUUUAGAAAAUUACUAACAGAAUUGUAUGUGCGCAAGAAGUAGCUUGCCCGGAUAAACGAUAACGAAAGGGUGAUGAAUAUAGCAGAGCCUUUAAAGUGCGUAAGAUGAGUACGGAACGAAUAGAAGAAAUAAUAAGGAAAACCACAAGCGAUAGCCAAUGGUGGAACAGCGAUCGAAAGACGAUAGUCUUAACCAGACCGACUGUAUCGGAUCUUGCCUCGUGGAAUCGUGAUUUGGAUGGCAAACUGUUGGACGAGAUGGAUGAUAACGACAUGGAAAUUGAAUCUGUUCAGGAAAAUCGUAACUUACCUAUUCAUGCCAAUGGUAUAUUAGCACAUCCUAGGAGACAUUCAAAGUCAAAAAACCGGAUAAAAAGAAGAUACAAAUGUUAUUCUUGCGAACCUCCAGACUGCGCAGAUACGGCGAUUCAUGCACACUAUUGUCAAAAUGCUAUUCAGUGCUGGAAAUCACGAACCCGCGACCCAGAAGGAAAUGAAAAUGUACAACGAGGAUGCACUACUGAACAUGAGCAGCUGCCUUUGUAUUGUAGUCAAAAUCAAAAAUCUAGCACUGGCGAUAGUGGAGGACCUAAAAAACGUCAUGUUUCUAGCACUGGAAUGUAUAAUAUUGAGUGCUGCACGGGAGAUUAUUGUAAUAAUGGAUCUUUUCCAGAGCUCCCACCGAUGAGAGUUUCUAAUACAGAACAAGAUGCGGAUCCCUUCGCGCUGAAGAUGGCGGCAGCAAUUCUAAUACCUUUUGGUACAGUUGUUUUACUCGCUGUUACCGUGAUCUAUUGGAUGCGUCGAGCACACAAGAAACGAAUGAGCGCUUGCCGUACGAAAUACGAUGCUGAAACUUAUUAUACAAAUGAUGAUGUAUUACGCGCCACCAGUGCAGGAGAUAGCACGUUGCGAGAAUAUUUACAACACUCUGUUACAUCUGGGUCUGGUAGCGGACUCCCUUUACUUAUACAACGUACUCUUGCUAAGCAAGUGUCACUUUGUGAAUGCAUCGGUCGUGGGCGUUAUGGAGAAGUCUGGCGUGGCAUUUGGCACGGCGAAAGUGUAGCAGUAAAAAUAUUCUUCAGUCGCGAUGAGGAUUCAUGGAAGCGAGAAACAGAAAUUUAUGGCACCGUUUUGUUGAGACAUGAAAACAUCUUGGGGUACGUUGGUUCAGACAUGACUUCUAGAAAUUCUUGUACGCAGUUAUGGCUUAUAACGCACUAUUAUCCUCAAGGAUCUCUUUUUGAUUACUUAAAUCGUACUGCAAUUUCCACACAUCAAAUGAUUACCAUUUGCCUCUCUAUUGCCAAUGGGAUGGUACAUUUACACACUGAAAUUUUUGGAACUGAGGGUAAACCGGCUAUCGCGCAUCGUGAUUUAAAGACAAAAAAUAUUCUAAUUCGAGCAAAUGGUACAUGUGUCAUUGCGGAUUUUGGCCUGGCCGUAAUGCACAGUCAAACAACUAAUAAAAUUGAUAUAGGUAACACCGCUCGUGUCGGAACAAAGCGCUAUAUGGCUCCGGAAGUUCUAGACGAAAGUAUCAGUAUGGAAUGUUUCGAUGCCUUAAGGAAAGCUGACAUUUACGCAAUUGGUUUAAUAUUUUGGGAAGUAUGUCGCCGCACUAUCUCUUGUGGCAUUGCAGAAGAGUAUAAAGUUCCAUACUUCGACUACGUUUCAUCAGAUCCUAGUUUUGAAGAAAUGCGCAAAGUUGUGUGUGUUGACAAUUAUAGACCAUCCGUACAAAAUCGUUGGACAUCUGAUCCGUUUCUCGCUAGUAUGUCAAAGCUGAUGCGUGAAUGUUGGCAUAUGAACCCCAAUGUUCGAUUACCAGCGCUAAGAAUUAAAAAAACUUUACUUAAACUGGCUAGCUCUGACGAAACAAUAAAAAUUACCCCGGAUGGCGAAGUAGUAGUAUGAUGACACUAUAUUUAAUUAGCUAUAGAUAUGUCACGUAUGACAAGACGAAUAGGAUAAUCUAACUGUUAUUUUUUAAUCUUAAGAGUGCUUUUUAAUUUGCAUGUACAAAUAGCAUGAUACAUCAACUUUUUUUUCUAUACUCAAACAUAGGCACAUUCAGAGUCAAUUAGAAUAUGAAAAUUAAAUAAUAGAAUAUGAAAAUAAUUGUUUAAAAUAUAAUCAACUAUAUAUACAUAUAUGUGAGUUAUUAACCCAACAUUAAAUAUUUGAUCACAAAUACUGAUACAGGAGUUCAUUUUUGAUUGGAACUUAUUCCUGUUUAAAAAUUUCAAUCAGUGGUAAAAUAGAAAAGUAAGUUUAUGAUUUCUUUGUUCAUUAAGUGUGCAGUAUUAGUGUAUUGAAUGUUAUAAUUUAAACAUAUUUUUUUCUGCUUACUUAAAACGUAGCAGAAGAAUGAUUGGUAGUGACGUUUAUUUGUGAAACAACGGAUCGUACAGAUGUUCACUAGCCAUCGUGCCAUUGAUGUAACUGAUAAGGAAGUGUCCUUUAUAAAUGUUAAUAUACUUCGUGCCUGUAACCGAGGUAGAAUAUUGUAAAUAAACUUUGUAUUAACUAGUUGAUUAGAUUAAUUUUUAUAAACGAAAAUACAGUACGUUCCCGAGUUACGCGGAUUUCUAAAUUUGACAGGUCAUGUAUGAAAACAGUACCAUUUGCUACAAGAAUUGUCAAAUGGAAAACUUUUUUGCUAAAAUGAAAAAAAAUGCAUUAAAGUGGAAAACAGACAAACGUUGUACACGAAUCUUAUUAAAUAAAUCAUUAAGUAUAUAAAAGUGCCAAAAAUCAUCCAUAAUACCCAUUUCUCGAAUUAUUUUGAUUGAAAAAUGUAAUAUUCGACUUACGCGGAUGCCUCGGGAACGCAUAAACUGCGUAUCUCGGGAACAAACUGUCGAAGGAAUCCUAUUAUCAUAUUUUAUAGUUUUAAUGGAUCAUCAAAUUUCAAAAUGAUUUAAGAACAGUGCAAAAUAGUGAUUAGACAAAUAACUAUGCAAGAAAGUUAUUAUUGAAAGAAUUUUUUUUACUGCAUUAUUGCAUUUUGAACUAAUUCAUUUAUUCAUUAAUUUAUUUAAAAAAAACAUUUAAGUGUAUUAUUUGAGGAAUACGGCCUUUUUUGGACCGUUUUACCUGAAUAAAAAAGGGUAUUAUUUCGAACAAACCUGCCGAAACCGCCGAAGGAUGGCAUGGAGACGUCUGCCGUUAAGGCCGGGAUAACGGAUUGGCAGACAAAGGCCAAGACCGCAAAGCGGUUGUAGCGUCGGAUAGCACAAAUAAUUGUAUUAUUUGGAACAUCGGUUGCUUCAUCUUUACUUAUAAUGAUUAAGUUACUAUUUUAAUGAUGUCUUGCCAAUCACAAGAACUUUAAGGCAUACGCCGGAAUAAUUGACCUCGAAACCCAUUUAUAAUCAGAAACUGAUGACAACCUCUUAAGACAGUGGUCUCCAACCUUUGGAUUUUCCACAUUCAAGAUUAAAUUUUCAUUCCAGUUUUAUUAAAAACUUUAAACUACGUGUAUAAAAUGUAUCCCCUCAAUAGAUUUGGGCCGCUUCAUAUGUUUUUUCAAAGCCAAGUGGUCCGCAAUCCUAAAAAGGUUAGAGAGCACUGCCUUAAGAAACCUAAAACCAAAAUGAAACCCAUACCGAUCCUGAAACCGAUACAGUACCCAUACUGGUCCAGGGACUGAUCUUGACAUCAUGCCGGUUCUAGACCUGAUAAUGAACCUAUGCCGGUCCAGGAACCGCUACUGAGCUCACACCAGGAACUACCGUACAAAUGGAAGAUGAAUCCAACAAAACAGACGCAGACACAUAAGAAGUAGCAUCUGCCUAACCAGAAUUGGAAAUGAAAGAUACUAAAACGAAAUAUCAAUGCAAUAAGUUACAUUAAAAAAUAUCCAAAACCA